AUGCCGCGCGUCCUUCAACCAGGCACGAAGCGCAAGCGCUCUGCCGACGACGCCGACACACUGACAGCCGCGGCCUCGACAACGACGACGACGAGCAGCAACAAGCGGGCACGGCACACGAGGCAGCACGACCUGCUAUCGCCGCUCUCGGACGAGCUGCUGGUGCGCAUCCUGUCGCUGCUGUCGCUGCCCGACCUGCUCAGCAUCGCGCCCGUCUCCCGCCGCUUCCACGCCCUCGCCGCCGACUCGCAGCUCUGGCGCCGCCUCUACUACGCCCGCUUCGUCCUGCCCCGCGCCCUCCGCAUCCCUGGCUUCCGCGACGGCUCCGCCCGCGAGGGCAAGCUGCACUAUGCCUCCCGCCGCACCGUCUGGGCUGACGGCCGCCGCGGCGGCUGGGUCGACAUGGACGACAGCCGCGGCGACUGGAAGAGGCAGUACAAGCUGCGCCACAACUGGUCCCUCGGCAAGUGCGCCGUCGAGGAGCUCAAUAUCCGCCAGGAGGUCCGUGCCGCCGGUGCGGGCGGCGGUGGCGCCCGUCAGGACGGCAAGACGUUGGUCAAGGUGGUCGAGGGCGUCGCCGUCACCGCAGAUCUCACGACAGGCCUGCGGGCGUGGGACCUCAAGACGAAGAGACUGGUCGCACAGACGGGCCUGCUGGAUGCCGGCUCGGUCGCCGCGCCGAGCUGCAUGACCAUCGACGACCAAAAGCUGCACGACAGGCUCCUCGAUGUGGCCAUCGGGUUCACCGACGGCAGCUUCGGCGUGUGGCGGAUCGGGCUCGACCAGCACGACAUCGAGCGUCGCUAUCGCCACGAAAAGUCCAGCAAUGGGGCGCUGGUCGGGCUUGCGUAUUCGAGCCCGUACCUGUUGACGGCCACAAAGUCCGUCCUGGUCUCUCUGUAUACCUUCAAUGUCCCAGAAGCCCGGCCGUCCAAGGGCGGGCACUCCAGUGCGCGCCGGAAGGGAAUCAUGGAAUCAGAUAGCGAGACGGAGAGGGAAUCAGCAGGGGCGUCCUUGCCUGCUCCAUAUCUUCUCACCUCUCUUAAGUCACACACAUCAAGAGACCCGCUGGCGCUAUCAAUACGCAAAAGUGCAGGAGGGAUGACGGUCGCCUCCAUCGCAUAUACAUUCUCCACGAUCCAAGGCUGGUCGCUGGGAAUCCAGGACUUGCACAUACGCCCUCCGCUUCCUGCUUACAGCAUCAGCGGCAAAGUGGUGACGACCCGCUUGGCGUACACGCUGCCUGUCAGGACGGCCCCAAGGGGUCGGAGGAGAGCGGGAUCCAGCCUCGCUGCGCGACGGGCCGCGCGUGACUCGCCUGGAACUUCAUUUGCCCGGGACGCCGACAUGAACGAGUACGACGAGGGCCCCACAAGCAUCUGCUACACCCACCCGUACCUCCUCGCCACGCUGCCCGACAAUACGCUGAUCCUGCACCUGUGCACGUCGACGUCGACCUCACUCUCGAUCUCGCCGGGGAUCCGGCUGUGGGGCCACACCUCAGGCAUCAGUGACGCGGAGAUUACGGCACGCGGCAAGGCGGUCAGCGUGAGCCAUCGCGGGGACGAGAUCCGUGUGUGGGAGCUCGAGGGCAGGGGCAAUCAUUCUUCCAGGAGGGUCCUGGAUGCGAGUAAUGGCAGUAUUGCAGUGCGGCCGACACCAAGGGCUGUCGAGGACGGUGCUGAGCUGGAAAAGAGCGGUGAUGUUGCCACCGCCGCCGCUGCUGCUGCUGCUGGGCACGAGCAGUGGGAUGACAAGAGGAAUUGGGUGGGCUUUGACGAUGAGAUGGUCAUUGUGCUCAAGGAAUCCAGAGACGGCAGGGAAAGUCUGCUGGUGUAUGACUUUACUUGA